CCCUUACCGAUAGCGAGAGCGCCAUAGUAUGGUGUUGUGUGCGGCGAGCAGUGCGUCCAGGGUGCAAGCAGCAGCAGAAGCAGUGCAGUGACCAGUGCGUGUGCGUGUGUGUGUGUGUGUGUUUUGUGUGUGCGAGGGAGCCUCUGUGCGGACCGACAACAUGAGGGGCGUGUGCUUGGCGGCGUGCGUCGUGCUGGGACUUACCUGCGGCAGCGCCAGCGAGGCCAGCAACAGCAGUGAGCCGGCCAGGGACUGGUGGGACGCGGGCAUCACGGUGGUGCAGCGGUCGCUGCAGGAGUGCGACGCGGCGAGGGACGUGGCGUCCUGCCUCAAGAUCAAGGCCGUGCGCGCCCUGGACCGCGCCCUGCACACAGGGCCCCUGCCGCUGGUGGGCGGGGUGGUGCUGGUGCCCCGCGAGGAGUCCCGCGCCGCGCGCGCCCUGCCCAGCCUCCCCCGGGACCUGACACGCCGCCCCGGCCAGCUCGACGGGCUGCUCUGGGGACGUGUGUCGCGCUUCCUUGAGACCCGGUCGCUGCAGCUGUCGCUGCCCCGGCUGGCCGACGGCGUCGAUGGGGCCUUCGAGGGUCGGUACUUCAACGAGGGAGAGAAACCAUUGAUGAGUGAACCCAGAGGCAAGGGAGGGAAGCUCAAGAAGAUGGCCGGCCCCGCCAUCCUGAUCAUGGUGAUGGCUGCCUACAAGCUGGCCAUGAUGAUGGCUGGCGUGGCCAUGCUCUCCGGCAAGGCGCUCAUCGUGUCCAAGGUGGCCCUGACCCUGGCCGGCGUCGCGGUCCUCAAGAAGCUGCUCUCGCACCACGACCACGAGAAGACCACAGUGGAGAUCGUUAAGUCCCCGCAGGUACGACGCAGGGUGUCCCACUCGCACUCCUACUCGAACGCGCACGAGGGCGAGGAGCAGAACUACCACGACAAGUCGUGGUCCGUGGGGCCCAUGGCGGGCGGCUACUCCCACCGCAGCAUGGUGGACGACGCGGCGGACGCGCAGCAGGGCGGCAGCCCCUACCUCCUGCCGCAGGACGUGGCCUCCAAGCGCGACUACCGGGCCGCGGUCGCGGCGCCCGCCACCCCCAUGAACGGCUUCGUGACGGGGCGCGGCGUCGAGACGCUGUCCAUCCGCAGCCACGACCCCCUGCGCAUCGUGGUGAACGACGUCGCCGAGGAGGACCUCCGGGUGCACCACCGGCAGCGCGGGCUGGACAUGCCCAUCCUCCCCGGACCGGCCUCCGCGGCGCUCGGCUUCACCGAGGAGCCCAUCGACUACUCGCAGUUCGGAGAGGCCGACCGGGGGGCGUGGAGGGGGCUCGGAUCAUCGUUCAUGCCUGCAAGCGACAGAUCCCUGAGGUCCGCACCCAGCUCCGAGCAGCAGGAGAGGGCCGUGGACGGCGCCGUCAACGAGGAGGCCAGCAACAACUACCAGCCGCGAUCACUCGGCUCCCUCCCGGCGCCAGCAGCGUAACGAGUACAACACCGUGUAAUGUUUUUUUUGUAAGAAAAUAGGGUUUUAAACUGAGAGAAACUGUAAAAAAGACUUGCCGUUGCAUGGGGCGUUUGAACAAAAAUUCUCAACGUUAGGGUAGGAUAUUUGGUUUCUAAUGGGGGAAGUAUUUUUGUGCAGACCCCCCAACUUUCCCAGUCAGACAUGUUAUGAUGCCAUGUAAAUAGCCAGUAGAAAGUAGUCGGAUCACUUGUCACAUGACUGAAGUGACUUGCCGUUCCUGCUGUUCAGCACAUUUUAUUUAUUUUUGUUCAUAUUUAUUUUAUUUAUUUGUAAAUUAUUUUAAAGUAAUUGCUAGACUUAAUAAAUGUACAUGAUUGAAUUCCAAUUUCCGUCAUCAACUUUCCAAUUUCUGUGACAAAAACAUGUGUUUUUGUACAGCUCAUGUUACCUUCCUAGUUCCCAUUUUUUAAGCAAGUCACUUACUAUUCAUUCUAAGUCUUCUAUGAGUAAAGCAGCAAUUGUGUCUUUUGUUUUUGAUUGCUGAAUGGAGGAGAUCAAACAAAAAUGAAUCAUCGUAGUGUUUCUGUAUUUUCUAUGUAUUUCUCUUCACUUUACGACAAACUUCAACAAAUAAAUUACAUAAAUUAAAGAUUAAA